GUGGGCGUGGCUUCUCGUGGCCACGCCCCUGCGCCCGGUCACUGAGGCAGCCCCGCCCCCGAGUGCCGCAUCGCGGGGCGGUGUCGCGCCGCGGCCGUAAAGCGCGGAAGGUCGGUGAGGCCGCCCCCAGGAGCAGUUCCGAACUCCCAGCUGAACACGUCAAGGUGGUGCUUUCAGAAGACUGACGCAGACGCCGGUGGGAUGUUUCUCCGGUUACUGUCAGACGUCCGGUGGCGGGCGGCUAACCCGAAAUGGAGAAGAAUGAUCUGCUCGCGUCGAAGUACCUCAAGUACGGCAGAACCUCACCCUGUUUCCUUGCCAGCACAGGCGCAGGUUGUCAUCUGUGGUGGUGGAAUCAUGGGCACCUCUGUGGCCUAUCACCUCUCCAAGAUGGGUUGGAAGGAUAUAGUCUUACUAGAGCAGGGCAGAUUGGCUGCUGGUACCACUCGCUUCUGUGCCGGCAUCGUGAGCACAGCCCGGCAAAUGUCCAUAGAGCUGAAGAUGGCAGACUAUUCAAACAAGCUCUACCAGCAGCUGGAACAAGAGACAGGAGUGAAAACAGGGUAUGUGAAGACAGGCUCUAUUUCACUGGCUCAGACUCAGGAUCGACUGAUCUCGCUCAAACGCAUCGCUUCAUUGCUGAAUGUAAUGGGGAUCCCUUGUGAAAUUAUCACCCCAAAGCAAGUGGCACAGCUCCACCCACUGAUCAACAUCCAUGACCUUGUGGGGGCCAUGUACGUGCCAGAAGAUGCACUUGUGUCAUCUGCCAGUGCGAGUCUGGCUUUGGCCACUGCUGCCUCACGGAAUGGUGUCCAGAUUCACGAGCGGACGAGUGUCAGUCAUGUGUCGGUCCAGAAGGGCCGUGUGACUGGAGUUGAGACCGACAGAGGACAGAUUCAGUGCCAAUACUUUGUCAACUGUGCUGGCCAGUGGGCCUAUGAGUUGGGCCACUCUGGGGAGGAACCAGUCAAUAUCCCACUCCAUGCCUGUGAACACUUCUACCUCCUGACACAUCCUUUGAAGGAACCUCUGGCAAGUAACUUACCAACUAUUGUAGACCCAGACGGCAGGAUCUACAUACGGAACUGGCAAGGUGGCAUCCUCUCGGGAGGCUUUGAGAAAAACCCCAAACCGCUCUUCACAGAGGGACGGAACCAGCUGGAGAUUCAGAACCUUCAAGAAGACUGGGAUCAUUUUGAGCCGCUUCUGAGUGCCCUUCUGCGCAGGAUGCCAGAUUUGGAGGCUCUGCAGAUCAUGCAGUUAGUGAAUUGCCCGGAGUCCUUCACGCCAGAUAUGCGGUGCAUUAUGGGAGAGUCACCCACUGUGCAGGGCUACUUCGUUCUGGCUGGCAUGAACUCAGCUGGUAUCUCAUAUGGUGGGGGAGCAGGCAAGUACCUGGCAGAGUGGAUGGUAAAUGGGUAUCCAUCAGAAAACGUCUGGCCUCUGGAUUUGAAACGUUUUGGUACCCUUCAGAGCAGUCGCACUUUCCUCCGUCACCGCGUGAUGGAAGUAAUGCCCCUCAUGUGUGAUCUGAAGGUUCCCCGCUGGGACUUCCAGACUGGCAGGCAGCUGCGUACUUCACCGUUGUACGACCGUCUGGAUGCACAAGGAGCGAGGUGGAUGGAGAAACAUGGAUUUGAGAGAGUCAAGUAUUUUGUCCCACCUGGGAAAGAUCUGCUGGAUUUGGAUCAGAGCAAAACCUUUUACAAACCAGAUUGGUUUGAUAUUGUGGGUUCUGAAGUCAAGUGCUGUAAGGAAGCAGUUUGUGUCAUUGACAUGUCAUCUUUCACCAAGUUUGAAAUAAGCUCCACAGGAGACCAGGCCCUGGAGAGUCUGCAGUAUCUCUUCUCAAAUGACCUGGAUGUGCCGGUUGGGCACGUUGUGCACACAGGCAUGCUUAACGAGAAGGGAGGCUAUGAGAAUGAUUGCAGCAUAGCACGGCUGAGCAAACGCAGCUUCUUCAUGAUUUCUCCUACUGACCAACAAGUCCAUUGCUGGGCCUGGCUGAAGAACCGCUUGCCCAAUGACAGCAACCUGACCAUGGAAGAUGUGACCUGGAAGUACACAGCUCUCAAUCUGAUCGGCCCCCGUGCUGUGGAUGUCUUGUCAGAGUUGUCAUAUGCCCCGAUGACUCCAGAACACUUUCCCUCUCUCUUUUGCAAGGAGAUGAGUGUGGGCUAUGCUAAUGGCAUCCGUGUGAUGAGCAUCACUCACACAGGAGAACCUGGAUUCAUGCUUUACAUCCCCAUAGAGUAUGCCCUUCACGUGUACAAUGAGGUGAUGAACAUGGGACAGAAGUAUGGGAUUCGGAAUGCCGGUUAUUAUGCACUCCGCAGCCUGCGCAUCGAGAAGUUCUUUGCUUUCUGGGGCCAGGAUUUGGAUCCUUUUACCACUCCUAUGGAGUGCGGACGCGAGUUCCAGGUCAAGCUGGAAAAGGGAAUGGAGUUUGUUGGCCAGGAAGCACUGUUGGAACAGAAGCAGAAUGGCGUGUACAAGCGCUUCACCAUGUUCAUUCUUGAGGACCAUGACACAGAUAUGGACCUCUGGCCCUGGUGGGGCGAGCCUAUUUUCCGCAACGGCCGCUACGUGGGCAAGACCACCAGCAGUGCCUACAGCUACACUCUGGAGCGCCACGUCUGCCUUGGCUUCGUGCAUCACUUUGAUGAGAAGACAGGAGAAGAGCUGGUGGUGACAACUGACUUCAUCAACCAAGGCGAGUACGAGAUCGACAUUGCUGGGCAGCGCUUCCAGGCCAAAGCCAAGCUCUACCCCUUCAGCUCCCUCUUCACGCAGCGUCGCCGCAAGGAUGAGGUGGAACUGAGUGGCUACCAGAGGGAGUAGUGCUGACUACAUCUGACCUGCUCCUUUUCGCGAGCUGGAGUCUUCUGCCACCAUCUUCCAGUCCUCUUUCCUCACCUCAUAUAUUUCUUUCUUUCAUGUCUUGCAACUUUUAAACUUUUUCCAGUGUGUUACAUUUUGUAUAUUUGAAAACUUCGAUUUUCAAGCUUUCCCGCUCCUCUCUGUCUCCCUCCUUGAACCCUUUGCUUGCCAGGCUCCCCCAUGCCCCAGCAGACAAAGCACAGUGCUGAGCGUGCAUCCAGAAAACCAUGGGAACCCUGGAUAGGAGCGAACCCCACCAAAGCUCCCUAGCCUUGUGGUGGUGGGUUUGGGUGAACUCCUGAGGACUACACACUUCCUCUCUGGUCUCCAGGUGUGGGACAGCAGGUAUUUUGCUGCCUGUAGUUGGAAUGAACGCUGCAACUUCACCCUGCUCUCUGUGUAUCCCGUUGCGGAGGGGUUGGUGCACACAGCAAUAGAACGAUCAGCUACCUCACUGGCACGAGACAGCGUUGCGUGAGCAGCACCCAGGAGAUGGGUUCUGGCAUUGUCUGGCCUGUCACUGUCCCCCUUUGCCCACCAUUUUUUUUCCCUAGGAGGGAGACAAGUAGGUUUCGUCACCAGAUCGUUGGGAUUGCAGUAGCACUAGCAAGUUUGUCGUUGGGACUGGAUUUUUUGUGUGGGGUCACUGAGACCAGAUGGUCUUCUGUAAAUAGAAUUGAAGAUCAACAUGGGUGUUUCACAUCUCUAAAGGAAUGAGAUGGGAGCGGUUCUUAGCAAAAAUACUGAUUUCUAACAACGACAGACGUUAGUGUUUAAUGUUAAGAGCAGUAUUGAAAUGCUGCUUCUGUUUCAGCUGCACAGUGUACAGUCUCUUCGGGGAUGUUCUUUUACUUUCCUUUGUUUAUGUGACCCAGUUGAGCUCAUCUGGCAAGGUUCAUGCAGUGAACACAAGCUUCGUGUAAAAUUUGUGAUGGUUUGGGGAACCUGAGCCGCAGGAGGGGACAACAUCUUGCGUUUGUAGCUGCCUGUGGUUAUUUUGAAAUUGGAGGAAAAGACCCAGUGUUUUUCUAACCUGUGGUGCUGGCAGUGUUGUGAGAAACACUGGGCUUUCUUCUGAUGGUGAGGAGGCAUCUCAGCAGCUCCUGCUUGACUUGAGAAGUUGUGUUCUGUUUUUCUCCUCAAAUGUUUUGCACUUCUGUCUUCUCUGUCCUGGUUAUUAUCUCUGCUGAAGGGAUUGAAUAGGGAGCGUAGGGACUGUGGUAGUGGAAUGACAAUCUGCUUUCUUUCAGUAAAGGUCUUUGCCAUCGUGCUUCUCAUACAGAUGCUUCAGACAGAACAGCUUGGGUUGACCCCUUCUUCAAGUGUCAAAACACGCCGAUUCAAAUGCUGAUAGGAAAUAGUAAAGAAGUGGAGGGAUGCUGAACUGUUUGUACACAGUUACGUCUUCUUUUUCUUCUUCCCAUUGUGAGCACAGUGAAAACCAAAGAUUCUCUUUAUUUACUUGAGAAACAUCUGUUAAACGUUUUCCCUGCCUCUGCCACUUGCAUGCUCAUCAUGGUCUUUCUGCUUCACCAUCUUUCUGUCUGGAGCUCAAACGCAACCUUGUCCUCGUGUCUGCCCUGUCAGUCAGGGUGGACGGUUUCUUCAUGGUCUGGAACCUUUUGGGCACUUUCUUUUCCAGUUAAAUGGUAAGCAUCAGUAGUGUCAGUAUGAGCUCAAAACCUUCCCUGAUUCAUGUUUUAAGUUUCAUGUCUGCCCUUUUAGUCGCUUGAGACCAUGCCUUCCAUCAAGUCUGUGCUCUGGCAGUUCACGAUCCAGUUGUUCUCCACAUGCAGGAGUAGUCAGAUGGCCCUAAGCUAGCAAAGGUGAAAGUCUAAAACCUUUACACCAUAAAACAGGUUGUCAGAGCAAACAUCUCUAUCCGGGGUGAUACAGAAGCUGUGAAACCAAGGAAGGAGUGGUGAGUGGGGAAAGGGUGUGAGAGAAUUAAAGACUUGAGCAUGCGGUGUAGGAGGUUGAACAUAGAUGUCUUUUCUUCAAAUGUGGUCUCCGUUGUGAAUGGUGAGUUCCUUCCUAGUUGUGACCUCUUCUAGGAUUUCAAACUUAUGGAGGACCUUGACCAUUCUAUUGGUUUUACGGGAUGUUGCUGUGCCUUCCUUAUGCAGGGAAAUGGGCGUUAAACCAAAGAAAAAGUUUUAUACUUGAUACUUAGGAUGUGUCUUAGAGCAGCCCUUCUGAUUAGAGGUUAUUGACCAUUCAUUGGUGCUGGUGAGGCACGAUACUUCUUCAGGAGAAAACAAAGUAUACAGCGGAGGCGAGCUAAAGCACUUAAUGCGACUCCUGAAGAGAGUUCUUGGCUCGAACCACUCAGUGUGUUCCCUGUGCAGUUAGAACUAGUUAAGACCAAACUGGAAAGUUAGCAGUGUGCUGUCCUCUCCCAACCACUCGUUCCUGAAGUAUCAUCUAAGUUGCAGACAGAUUAUAUUCCUCCUUGUGAUUGUUUUUGCUUUUCCCCAAUUUAUAGGUGCUGUUAGUUCUUCAGACAACUUUUGAUAUGGGUGUGUCUUCCCCAGGAGCUCUGACAAUAAAAUUGUGGUUUAUGAGCUACUUUUGUCAUUAUGUCUGCUUAAGUUUAUUGUAUGUCUCAAUCUAUUAACUCUUCAAUACUAAAAAUAGAGAGUGAAAAUAGUUUUCCAUCACGCUGAUAGAUACGGCAGCACUUUGUGUAAUGCUGUGUUUGCUGUUUGAGACUUCGAGAUAGGUGAUUUGGUAAUUGUCAGUCUCACAGCUCAUAAACGCCUACUCUGACUUUCUCUGCUAUGAAUUCGGAUUCUUGUUUUAUGUCAGAACCUGUAGUCUUCGGCUGCUACUCGAGCUUAGUCAGUUUAAUUUCUGGGAGCUAUUUUUAACCUUAUAAUGUUAAAGAAUAGUUUGCCUUCAGCAGUCUUGAAUACCCGCUACGGGGACGAUUGGAUAGUAUGUGUUAAAGUAAUGCUAGAUACUAAGACCAAGGAUGGUCCUUCUAGUGGAAUGUUUUCUCCCCGAGGUAUUAAACGGUGAUGUAAGACUCUGAUCUCUUUAUCUCAUGGCUAAAUGAAGACGGCCUAAAAAAAGAACAACAAAAUCGCUUACCACCUUUAGUAAACGCCAAAUUGGAAAUCGGAUCUUGGAAGCUGCUAUGACACAGUCUUAGUAUCUAAGAUGGUAAAUAACGUUGACUGUAAAAUUAUACACCAUGAUUCUCAUCCUUAAACCCGCCUGAAAGUGCUUUCUGCUGAGAAAGGCUGUUUGUUCUCAUUCGGUGUGGUAAGACUAUGAACCUUGAGUGGGAAACACUAAAAUAGCAUCCUUCUUCUCUGCAGUGAAAGAGGUAAUGGCCUCAUUCUGUGCUGAAGCAGCAGCAGCACGUCUGCCCUGUGCAGUCUUGUCUGUACCAGUCGCUGGGUUGUUACUGGUUGUCGGUGUCUUGCUGCUCAGAACAGGAACAGUCCCACACGGGAAGCAAGGGAAGCCAACUGGAGUUCAACAUGAGAAAAAGUUUUGUCUUUUGGGCUGAAGUAUUAUAGGUUGAGCACAAGCCGGUUUAGGGUAAACAGUGACAAAUGGUAAGGGAUGUGUGACCCGUGGGGAGAUAGGGCCACAACGGGUGGUGUGCGCUUGGCACUUGUAGACUUGUUUUUUCUUACCCAAGAAGUCAAUAUCUGGGUGGUUUUACUGGUGUGGCUGUGGCGAAUCCAUCUAAAUGUACAGCAUUUCUCUAUGCUGGGAAGGGCUUGCCUGCCAGCGAGGGGACCUUGUGUCAGAGGAAGCACUCACUGGGCAGCUUCUUCCGUUAAAUGAUUUUUCCAGAGGUAUUGAGUUGUCUCACGCUUGUUGCAUCCUUCCCUAAGUUCUCAUGUUUUGUUAUUCCUUGAGUGAGCACUGAAAGGCUUGAGUAAAAAUGGUAUUAGAGAAGUGGGAGUUUAUUGCUCUAUUUAACAAUCUGAGGAUAAAAUUAAAGCAGUCCAUUUAGGAAUGAUGUUUCAGAAGGGUGUGUGAUAGUGAUUUUCAUAUCUGUCUUUGCCAGACUUAGUUCCUUCUUUUUUUCUCGUGCUGACUCCAGUGUCCAGAUUUGAUGUGCCUUGUUGGACAGUUUCUUGUUGCCGUUUUAUUGCACAGAGGGGAGGCUGUGCAGAACUCCCACUGCAUCUCCAGCUUCUUGGAUCCCUCCUUUCUGCCAUUGCAUUCGAGCUGCUGCUGAUCAUGAUGCCGUUCCUGCAGCACCUCCGAACUCCAGCCUGUGCUGCCGUAGGACCUCUCAUGCACAAGGUUCUUCUCGUCAUUCUACCUGAUGCUUCAUUGUCUGACCCAGGAUGGCUCUAAAUCUGUCUCUCUGCAUUGAUGUCAGCUCUUAGACUUUUAGAUCAUGCAGAUACCAACAUCCAAACUCCCAGGUGGGUUUGUGGCCACUGGAUAUUCCAUCAUUUAAGCCUCCCUCUCGCUGUGCGAGGUUCUUCCCCCUCUCCUUAACACGUCUCUAAUCUCCUUCCUCAGGCAGCUGAGCACGAGCUUCCUUUUGCCCAUCAGAGCGAGGCAUGGCAGAAGAAAAACAGGCAAAGCGAUGGCAGAGGGGCUGAGCUGAGGUGGAAGGAGAGAUGUGAGAGCAGUUUGAUCCUUUUCCCAUUCAUUACUCAACCACUUAAGCUCAGCCUUGGAGCGGUGGUCAGCCCUGAUUCCCAGCUCCAGGAGCUUCUUCCUUUGCAGCCUCAGUGCUGGAUGAGUGCUGAGCAAUAGCCAUGGCUCUGGGCAGGAUCAGGACAGCAUUAUGGAGGAAGUGUCCAACAGCAGACAUUUCCCCCUUUUAUUUCCCCUUGCGAUGAAGGAAACGGUGUUGCGGGGCCAGGGGUGAGGACUGUGUGCGCUCUAUUGCUCAGAACACUUCUCUCUCUCUGGUGCACUCUUGCAAGAGGCGUCCAACUGUAAAGGUACAGCCCUGGCAUCGCUAACCUUGUCCUUGCAGCACUCUUUAACCAAAAAAUGAUGACAUUUUGGCAAGAAAUCUAUAAAAAAUAAGGUUAUUUUCCAUGUUAGGGGGGCAAGGGGAGUUCCUUGCAAGGGCAGAAGUCGUUCUCAUUCAAAACAGAACAUUUGGCUGCUGAUAAUGUCCAGCAGAUCAGUCAUAACCUUCAGACUUGUCUUCCUAUAUGACUUUAUGGCAGCACUUGGUCAGGUUAAUUACUGCCCAUUUUGAGAUGCUUUUCUGCUUUCAGCUAACUUUUCCUUAACUGAUUGGAUUUUUAUUUAAAAAAAACACAACAAUUCAGCCAGGGAACGGGACUUGGGGAAGGAGGGGGUUAGUGUAAUCUGAUGACUUCAUGCUGUCUCUAAAAAGCAUGGGUAAAUUUUCUUUGUACUUUAAACUUUCCUUCAGUGUUAUGAUUGUAGCUUAUAGCCCUCAGCAAGAGCGGCCUUUGCGUUUGAAGGAGUGAGAAAACCUUUAAGUAUUUGUAAAUGCCUUAAAGUUUUAGAUGAGGUGUUUGGGCACUGAUUGUGCCAUUUGAUUUCCUUCCUGGAGAGCGGUGUGUGGUGUGUACAGAGCAGAUAUAAAUGCUGGCAGAUACUCCUGAGCAAGGGCUGGGGAUGACAGAAGCAGCUGUUGUAGCAAGAUGCUGCUCUGUGGCUGGAAUUCGUACUGAACUUGACUACAUGAGCUGGGAGCCCCCAUGCCUGCCCAGCUGUCGGCGCUGACACCGAGAAAUGGAUUUAGUCACUCUAUGACUCAUGCUAGAAAGGGUUUUCUUCUUUCUUUAAAGCAAGAAGCCUGGUUUAGCGUAGAAUGUUCAAAGUGUCCCGUUGCAUUAAAGGAAACAAAACUCUCUGCUUGAGCGUUUCCCUGCUGUACCAGCUGACGUCUCCAGGCAGGAGUCGAGGGAAGCGGGAGAGAGCAGAGAGCAUCUUCUGCUGCCCGUAAUGUUUGCUGAGGUGGCUCUAAUGCUUCUCAGCUCCUAUUUGUCUCAAAGCUCUGCUGGGUUCCUGAUGUCAGGCUGGCUUCUGAGUUACAGUGCAAAAUGUUGCUUUGCAGGUACGACGCGUUGCGCUGAUUUUCUUUGUUCAGAGAUAUCGCCUGUUUGGAAUAAGAUAUCUCUGCGAAGAGGAGUGGUCAAUCGUAAUGAAAGAGGCACCAGCAAAAGGUGUCCAUGUCAAUGUUUAUUGUUCUGUCAGUGUUGGUAACGGCUGAUCUUCCUGCACGGAUGCCUGAGACCUGCUGCGAGCAGAGCAGGUACUUGGGAGUUGUCAACCAUCCCAACUAGGGCACAGCCAGUUUUGUGUGUACGGAGGAAAGUCCUGCGCUGUCACCUUUCACUGUGGCACUGCUGAGACGUCUUCCAUACUAUAAAUCAUCUUCCCUGCUUAUCCCGUAGUGGCACAGGUUUCACUUAUGCCUUUCUUCCAGCAUAGCUGGAGGCAGAUGAAUGUCCCUGAAGCUGCUGGUGGGUUCUGGUGCACCUCGCGGUCAGGCUUGCAGGGGGCACAUCCCUGCUCCAUCUGUCUUUCUGCCGGAGAAGUCAGGGGAAGCAUACUCCUGCGCUGCGAGUGCCGUGGUUUCCAAACCGCCUGCCAGGCAGCUGGGUGGUGGUGAUGCUUGCUGCAUCUUUGGGAAGAGUUGGGGAAAACCCUCUUUGGUCUGGAUCAACUCCUUGCUGCAGCCCUUGAGGCACUGUGCUUCGUUUCUGUCUCGCUGCUCUGCUCCUGCCUGUGUGCCUGUGGCAGCUCCUGCCGUCGCUGGCUUUACAGGAGACGCGAGUGCUGUGGGAGAAGGGCUCCCCGCUUCUUGGACAGGUUCCCGGUGCAGGUCUCCUGAGCAGAGCCUGCUUUCUUGUGAAGUGCAUCCCUUCUCCACCAUUGCUUCUGCUUAUCAGGUGCACCAGUUCACUUGUCCAAAGUCCCUUCAUGCUUUUAUCAAUCUCCCAGGACCAGAUUUUGAAGGGCUGGGAGGAUUUCUGAAACGUGCUACUGUUGAAAUUUUAAGAACAACUGAAGUCUGAACCUGUGAAAACAUUUUUCUAGUGCCUUACGCUCGUGAAUGUUGUGCAAUGGAUGUAGCGGAGGUGGGACAGAGCAAGGAGCAGCUCUGGCGGUGGGGAUCCCCCCCCCGCUGCAGCCGUCUCCCGCUCCCCUCACAGGGUCGUGACAAGCAGGCGCCGACAGAUCGGGGAUGGUUUUUAAGCCCUUGGAGGUCUGGGGUCGCAGAAAUGCUAAAGCAUAAGACCCUGUGCUGGGUGGUCUGCUUUGAGAAGAGCGGUGGUCUCGCCUCUGCUGGGUUUGGAUUCAGAGGGGUUUGGGAGAGACAAAGCUGCUCCAGGACCCUGCGCAGGAGGAUGCGGGCGGUCGCUCCUAAGCGCACAAGUCGGGGUCAAUUUGCUGCUCUCCACUGAGGUCGUGGUGUUACAUAUGCUGUAUUUAUACCGUGCUUUAUUUCAUUUCAGAUUUUGGUUGGCUUAAAUGUUGCUAGUUUGUAUAUUAAUAAAGAGGCGUUUUAACUACUCCCGAAUUCAGCGAUUUGUUACACUGGAGCCUUGCGGCUUCCAGGAUCCCAACGCUCUGGUCAGCUGGAUGGAUCCUGCAAGGACGCUGGGGCUGUUGCAGGGCCUUUGGCGCUGGGAGGUGGGAGCAGGAGCCAGCCCUGACCCCGGGGGAACUCACUUCCCCCGCCUGCACCUGCUGGCAAAAUUAGGUCCUCCAAGAGUUUGUCCGUGUCCUCCCCUGUGCCGUGUGGGGGCUCAGGGCUGUGCAAGCGGAGCCUCUCGAGGCCCCGGGGCUGCUCCGGAGGGCUGUGUGGAACAUGGGGGCAGGUCUGGGUGGACAGUACUGUCACCUUGCCGUGGGUGCUGCCAGAGGGAUGGGGCUGGGGCUGUGCCACUGGGCACCCAGACCAGCACGGGGCCAGGAUCGGCUCCAGAGGGCAGAGCGAGCUUCAGCCCUAACAGAGACCACAGGAGCGCAUCCUCCUGGCUGCACCAACGCUCCCGCUCCCCUUCCCUCCUCACCCCACCGACGCUCGGGCUCGGCUGCAGGCAGGACUACUGGAAGUCAACCACAGAGCGGUUCCGAUGCAUGGUUUUUAUUGACUUUUAAAAAACAAAAUUGUUUUAAGACAGUUGUGUGCAGAAGUGCCCACGUACACAGAGGCUACAGGGCAGAGCCGCCCGCUCCCCACCCUGGGUCGGAGCACGGGGCUCUCCUGGUGGGGCGGGAGGCGAUGGGUGCUGGAUCAGGCACCGCGUGAUGAAGCCACCCCCUGCGCCCUGCCCGUAGCCCCUGCCCACAUCUCCUCUAUGUACAGUACAGUGGUGCUCGCCGCGCCCGCCGGGCGUGCAGCACGCGCCUCGUGUGCGAGGCCGGCUCUGCCAGAGAAACAGAAGUGGUCGUGAGUCCUAGCGGGACAGCUUAAAUAAAAAAAUAAUAAUAAUAAUAGUAACAAUUUAAAAAAAAAGAAAUAGGGGUGGGGGAACAAAGUUAGCAAAAAAAAAAAUACUGUCAGGGCAGUCAGGCAGCACAAGCACACCCUUUGCCGAGUGCCGGCACCGUGCUGCCAGGGGGGUUGGUACCCAGAUCGGGUACCCGGCAUCUCCACUUGCCCCAUGAUUGUCUGGCCUGGGGAUAGGAGCUGGUCCAGCCUCGUCACACUGGGUUUGGCCUCCCCUGCGCCCCUGCGGUGGCCUGGCUGCCUCCCCGUCUCCCCCAGCAGCACUCCCCAGCUAAGAUCCAGCCCGGCACAAGGAGGGAAGCAGCUACGACUGUCAGAUAGAUUAGCCAAGCCCCUACCGCCAGCCCAGGCGCGGGCACAGCCCAGCAGAGCCGACAGGAGAUGGUCAAGGCACUCAUUGUUGCUCGUGGUGUUGUGGUUUGUAAUUUUAGCUCCCCUAAAAUGAACCAACCCAGGAAGGUGGGGAGCAGGGCUUGCCGCAACCUGCCUCCGCGUCCCAGGUUCAGAGCGGAGUUUGGGGCUGGCCGUGGCGGCUGCAGGUCGAGGGUGGGCUGCACACCGGGGCAGCACCGCUUCUACCAAAACCCGCCACGAAACUUGGGGGUUUAAAGCCCUGUGGACAGAAAAGAUGCAUUUCUCCGGCAUAGGGGAUGCUCGGUGCCUGUUCCAGGUGACCCAAACCCUCGUGUUUCACACUUGGGGAGAGAAAUCUCAGAAAAAAAAAAGAGAAGAAACCCUGGAAAACAACCAAACUGAAGCAGAGAAAACAGGUAAGAGGCUGCUACAAAAAAAAAGCCAGAUACAAAAGGGAAAAAAAGUACACCCAAAAAUAACCCUGUGGUGAUUGUUCCUCAAACAACUUGCAACCAGGUGGUGCGGACAGGGCUUCUGCCAGCCAGGCUCCAGCCCCGCAGCCUCAGCCCUGGCACCGCGGGGCUCUGCCAUUGCGCCGGACACCCACCGCCACCACCGGGGCAUCUUUCCCAUGAUUGCCUUUUUCUUGAGCUUUCCAGCAUGUCCUAAAAAACACCCCACCCACAUGAUUGACCCAAAGAAAGUGGUUUUAAUUACACCUCCGGUGAGGCUGUUUCCUUCUGCAUCUCCCCAUCCCGUGCCCCAGGGAAAGCCCCAGAGGGCAGUGUCUGGUGUAAACCAAGCCCCACCCUCACUAACGGAGCAAAAACUUUGGGAUUUCAGCUUCUCACCAGAGCUGUCUAUUUAUAGCAACACAAAAGCGAAAGCACGGUUCAUUCACCCACUAAAGCUAUCUCUAAUCUGUUUUUUCCCAGCCUGAAAAUGAAGGGAAAUCUCAAUCUUCCCUCUGGCGAAACUCAACCUGCUGCUGCAUCCUGCAUCCCUCAAGCAUCCUGCAAGCACUCGCAGAGCCCAGUCAGGGGGACCAGGCUGCCGCUACUACAGGUUUCUUAGCUGCCUUUUGCCUCUUCGCUCCUAAAAUCCAUCCUAGGCUUCCUCAGUGACACGAGGAGCAGGGAUGCCCGGGUUCCUCUCCAUCCCCCAGCUCGGCCGUGCCAGCAGCCCCCAGCCUGCAGCCAAGCAUCGGUGAUGGUCCGCCUCCCGCCGGCUCCCGGUGAUGGAUCCACGUACUCACAACCACGCCGGGCCCUGCCUGUGUGCGAGGAGCCUUUCCCGGGGAAGGAAUGGCAGCGGCUGCGCCAGGUGGGUAAAAGAAAAUACAAAACCAAAAUCAAAACAAAGGAAGAAAGCAGCAGCUGGUUCCACCGGUGAGG